CAAAACCCUAAAAAACCAAAACCAAAUCCCUCCCAAACAUCAACCUCUUAAACCUCCCCUUCACCCGCCAUUACCAACAACCUCGUAUCUCUCUCUCUCUCAAAACACACACACACAAUCCCCAUGUCACUACUGUCCCCGCCACCUUCCGCUGAUGGCUCCACCACCUAUUGUCGGAAACAGAAAUCUCUCGGCCUUUUAUGCUCCAAUUUUUUGGGUUUGUAUAAUCGGGACGGAAUUGAAACUGUUGGAUUGGAUGACGCGGCAACGAGACUAGGUGUUGAGAGACGCCGGAUUUAUGAUAUUGUUAAUGUUCUGGAAAGCGUUGGCGUUCUUGUGAAAAAGGCGAAAAACACGUAUCAUUGGUUAGGAUUGGGGGCAAUACCUAAGGCUUUAGAGCAGCUAAAGGAAGAAGGUUUUAGGAAUAAUGAUGAACAUGUUGAUGUUAAAUCUGGAAAGGUUUCUGAUGAUGAAGAAGAUGAAAGAGUUUCUAGCCAUAGUGUUUCUUUACAUGAAAAAUCAGAUCUAGAUUCGACGCAUAAAACUUCAGGGUCGUUUAAAUCGGGUAGUGUAACUGAAAAUCGGAAGGAAAAAUCUUUGGGGCUUCUUACCAAGAAUUUCAUCAAGCUUUUCCUAUGUACUAAUUCGGAUAUGCUUUCGCUUGAUGACGCUGCAAAAAUAUUGCUUGGAGAUGCUCAGAAUCCGUCAUUGACCCGAACUAAAGUCAGACGCCUAUAUGAUAUUGCUAAUGUCUUGUCUUCCAUGAACUUCAUUGAGAAGAUCCAUCACCCAGAAACCCGAAAGCCCGCGUUUAGGUGGUUGGGAAUGGCAAGCCACCCAAAUAGUCAAACAAGAUCAGCCACUGGUGUAGCUCAUAUAGAGUCCAAAAAAAGGGCAUUUGGAACCGAACUUACAAACAUUUGUUUCAAAAGAAGCAAGGUGGGUGACCAGGAGGUGAAGCUGUUUGACCUUCAGAGUCAACGCCCGCCUAUCAAACCCGGCACUCAUGGGUGCAAUUCAAAUCAGGGUCUUGGCCCGUUUAGUCAUUCGGAUCCUGUGACCCUGUCUAAAUCUUGUGACGGUGAGAGUAACAAAGUAAACAAGACUCAAGAUUUGGAAAAUCUAGCUUCCAAUUAUCGGCCGAAGUAUCACAAUCAAGCAUUAAGAGAUCUAUUUGUUCAUUACAUGGAUGCAUGGAAAUCUUGGUAUUCCGAAGUUGCUGAAAUGGAUCCAGUUGGAGUAAUCUAAGUUGAAGUGCAGAUCAAAGCCUCGUUGAAGUUGAUUAGAAGUGAUGGCUAGAAAUGGUCAUCCUUGCGAGUUGACAGUCGAUUGUUGUCUUUCUGAUUGAUUUAGGCUUUAGAGUAGUGCCGAACGUAUAUGAAUGUCAAUUGUAGAUCUUUUAUUAUGGUCCAUUUUUUUUUUGAAAUUGUUCAAAAAAAAAAAGAUAUAAAAUCUGAAAUUUUAAUAAAACUGUUGAUAUGCUUUCUUGAA